UAUAACAGCUGUCGUCAUUUCUGAAAGAAGAGGAGAGAUUCGCGAAUUUACAAAGAAACCAGAAGAAAAUCAGCGUCGCCCAAGAUGAGCUUCAUGCAACCGAGUCCCGUUAAGUACGCGUGCUCCUGCGGCAUCCUGAAUCCGAUCAACAAGCUCUUCUUCUGCCGCCACUGCCCCAAGCUGCGCUGUGGUUUCUGUGUGACGCACGAGAUAGAGUCCCAUUUCUGCUCCAAUUGUCUGGAGAACAUCCCGUCCACGGAGGCUCGCCACAAGAAGAACUGCUGCGCAAACUGCUUCGACUGUCCCUGCUGUCAGCACACCCUCUCCGCCAGAGCCUCCACCGUUCCAGUGGUGCGCAAGUCGGAGGAGACGAAGGACCCAAAGGAUGGCGAUGCCAAGGGCGACGCCACGCCCCCUGUUCCGGCCGCAAGCAGCAAGCCCUCGGCGGUGCCCACCACCAAGAAGAUGUACUAUCUGUCGUGCCUGUCCUGCCGCUGGACAACGCGCGACGUGGGCAUUCCCGACCAGGGCGUGGCCACGGGCACCUGGCCGGACAACGAGUGCCUGUACCAGGCGCGCUUCAACGCCCUGGUCGAGUACUUCCAGGCGGUGGUGCUGCAGGAGAAGCAGGAGAAGCUGGAGUUCAUGCGCCGCAAGGCGCCCAAGCAGCACAAGUUCCCCAGCCUGACGGAUCGCACGGGUCUGACCGUAUCACUGAUUCGCCGCCAGAUCGGCUGGAACGACAAGGUGCCGAAGGCCAAGGCCGUGAUCACGCCGGCGGAAGCCACGGCCGAGGUGGAGGAACUGCCGGCGAGCAUCUUCACGGAGCCGCUGAAUCUGCGCAAUGUGACGACCAUCACCCAGCGACACAGCCAGCCAGCGGACCAGCCCACUGCUGUGGGCAGCCUGUAUCCGCAGCGGCGGUCGCUGUGGAUCAAGCGCUCGCUGCGCUGCCGCCAGUGCGAGCACAAUCUGAUUAAGCCGGAGUACCAUCCCACGUCGAUCAAGUACCGCAUCCAGCUCUUCGCCAGCUACCAUGUGCCCGAGGUUGUGAUGGUGCGUUGCGAGCAGCCUCUGUUGCCCGGCCAGAGCAACGCCAUCCUGCUGAAGCUCACCAAUCCGACCAUGUACGACAUGACCAUUCGACUGUUGACUGCUGCUCCUGCCGAGGAUCCGCAACUGUCGACGGAGACCACUCGUUUGGCGAAGGAGGAACCGAUUUCCUCGACGCCUCUUCUCAAGUCCGUUGGCAUCACCUUGUCGCGUCAAAACUCAACCCGGGAGGUUAAACGCGACGUGUUGGAUGUGUCUAAUGCCGAGAUAGUUCCGCUGGAGAGCGAGUUUGUGCUCAGCCAGCGCGAUGAUUCCAAGGAGUUCGAUGAGUACGUGCAGCUGCCCACCGAGGAGCCCAAGUUCAUUGUUUGGCGCAAGGGCAACAAGGUGCUCUUACGACUGCAGUUUACGCCUGCAGAGGAGCUGCCCGGGAGCACGGACGUAGUGCUGGGAUUCUUUAUGCAGUACACGUACGUCAAUACUGUGACCAAUGCGUCCGAGAAAAAGGAGCCCACCACCCAUGCGCUCCACUCCAGGGUGUUCAUCACCGCAGGCGCCAUCGAGCAGAAGUGAAUACUUAAUUACCCAACUGGCAUACUAAUCGAACUUAUACAUAAAACACGCUUUAUGAAAGCUAGGAAAAUAUAUGUAUUUAUUUAUUAAUCCACUCGUGAAAAGCAGCUAGUAUUAAAGAUGAAUAAACCGCUUGUUCUAACCCUAA